AUGCUGUGCACCUGCAAGAAGGCAUGCUUUUGAGCCAAACUCUGAAAUGACCCAAGGAAUAGGGGGCACAAAAGAACCCACAUUUAUUGAGUCGCUGCUGCGCAAAACCUCCUAAAAUGACGAGAGUUUAUUGUCUGUGGUAGCAAACUUUAAUUUACCAGUGGAAGUCUGUGGUCAUAAGCUUUUUUUUGAAACAGUGCCAAAAGAAAUUGCAGGAUGUUCUCCUGUUGCAAAUCGUCUAAAGAACCUGAAACCGAAAGGAAGAUCAGGGCUAAUGAUCCUGAGUACAACGCUCAGUUUCAGUAUGCGACUAGGGCUAGUAGAGCAGAGACAGAGGCUAAUGUUGACGACAAGCAAAGACACAGAAACGAUUCAAAGGUGAACAACAGGAAAGCUUUUGUUCUGAGGCCAGGGAAAGGACAGUUGGUGGAAGAGAAAUGGAGUCAGGUUUUGGUUGGGGACGUUGUGAGACUGUCCAGUGAUGAUUUUGUCACCGCUGAUUUGUUGCUGCUGUCCACAUCUGAGCCGAAUGGACUAUGCUACAUAGAAACUGCUGAGUUAGAUGGAGAAACAAAUUUGAAGGCUAGACAGUGCUUGCCUGAGACACAUGAUGUACUUGGCAAUGACCCCCAGCUUCUGAGUGCCUUCAAUGGAGCAGUUUGGUGUGAACCACCCAACAACAAUUUGUCAAGAUUUGAAGGCACUCUUGAAUGGGACCACCAGAGCAAUUCAGGAGAUGUUGAGGUAACAAGCAACAACAUCAGCAGGGCCUCAAGUUCUAAUAACAUCAGCAGACUAGCAUUGGACAAUGACAAGGUGUUAUUGCGAGGUUGUGUUUUGCGCAACACCCAGUGGGCUUAUGGCCUGGUGUUGUUUGCUGGACAAGACACCAAAUUGAUGAUGAAUUCUGGGAAAACCAAGUUCAAGCGAACAUCCAUAGACCGGCUCAUGAACGUACUCAUACUUGGGAUUGUGCUGUUUCUGGUUCUGAUGUGCUUGUGGUGCACAAUUGCAGCAGGGAUCUGGGAGACAGUCACAGGGCACAAGUUCCAAUCUUUCAUGCCUUGGGACUCUUUGAUCCCAGAGGACGCCACUAGUGGAGCCACAGUGAUCGCCAUUUUGAUUUUCUUUUCUUACCUCAUCGCCCUCAAUACCGUGGUGCCAAUUUCCUUGUAUGUGAGCGUGGAAAUCAUCCGCCUGCUGCAAAGCUUGCUGAUUAACUGGGAUGAGAAGAUGUACUACGAAGAGAAGGAUACUCCUGCCAAAGCCAGAACAACUACCCUGAAUGAGGAGUUGGGGCAGAUUGAAUACAUUUUUUCAGACAAAACUGGAACUCUUACACAGAAUAUAAUGACUUUCAACAAGUGCUCAAUCGGUGGAAAGAUGUAUGGGGAUCCACCUGUAGUCAUCAAGACAGCUGCUACCUCAGACAUUGAUGACAUGCAGUCUAUCGACCUAUCUGAGGACAACCCAUUUUUCGAGCCGGAAUUCAAGUUUUAUGACCCAGUUCUUCUCAUGGACGUGAAAUCAGGAAAUCAAGCUGUGCAUGAAUUCUUCAGGGUCUUGGCUUUGUGUCACACUGUCAUGCCUGAUCACAACCGACAGGAUGGAAAACUGGUUUACCAAGCACAGUCACCAGAUGAAGAAGCUCUGGUCUCAGCAGCACGAAACUUUGGCUUCGUCUUCAAGGAACGGACUCCAAACACGAUCACUACGAUUGAAAUGGGAGUGGAAAAGAAAUACGAACUCCUCUGCAUUCUUGAUUUCAACAACGUCAGAAAGCGGAUGUCCGUUGUGGUUCGCGAAGACAAUAACGGAAGCGGUUCCGAGACUGCUAUCAACAUAGGCUAUUCUUGUGAGCUCCUCACAGAUGAAAUGCAUGAUGAAUUCAUAGUAGAUGCUUCAAGCUACAAAGAUGUGGAAGCCCAGUUGGGAAAGUACAUUGAAGUUAUUAUGCAAUCACAAAAUGGCGGAGGGAAAAUGGGCGCAGGAAAACAGGUGAAAGGCUUGCUCAACAAGAACAAUGACAAGAACCUAGGAAGCAGAAACCAGUUGCAGGGAAUAAGAAACAAAUCAUUCACUUUUGAUGAUGACAUCCUGGUGCCAGAAGACAAUGAACCUGGCCCAUCAUCUGCUUUUGCUCUCAUAAUCAAU